AUGUCUACCGAAGAACAACAACAAGGCGCAUCCUGCCUCCCCACAGAGCUCCAACCAGACAAGCCCACUUCCUCCGUCUUUUCCCGCUCAGAAGACGCCCCCGUGCACAAUGUCCCUAUGAGAGUCAUCAACCGUCCCCUUCCGUCAGAACUCGACGAAAACAAGGUGCAGGCGUUCAUGGAUGAGAUGAAGGCAAGUUGUCGCGGCGACGCAUUUACCCCGAUAGAAGUCGUCAAAGUCAAAGCUCCGCUCAAGACCGACCCGACAGGCCCAGCACAGGUAUUUUACUUUGCGAUGGGUGGGUGUCAUAGAUAUGAGGCGACCAAGAGGCUGCAGUGGGAGACGAUCAGGGCGAGGAUCAUCGAGGUGCCGGCUAGCCAGAUGAGAGUGUAUCUAGGGGCGGGCAGUCCGUUCUGA